AUGGUUCCCCGACCAAGAAAAAGCCAUGUGUCUAAUCUUAAUAUUAUGGUAGUAGGGUUUACUGGUGUUGGCAAAACCGCCUUUGUCAGAACACUGUUGGAAACUCUUUCUAUUGAAGAAAAAAGAAGAGCAGGCAAUGAUACAAGCAUAAUAGCUAAUGAGAAUACGGUCAGUGAGAAACAGCAGAUAGAUGAUAACAAUAGCAGCAACAAUAAGAAGAGUAAUAGUAGGCGUGAUUCAUUCAUAAGUGAACACUCGUCCAAAAGUAACAAUAAUAUCGGCAGUCAGUAUUACCAUGAUGAACAUGCGCUAGAAGGACCUAUUGAAAAGACAUUACAACCUUAUACAAUCUCUAGAGAAGUGGAAGUGGUGGAUAAAAAAGAGAAUAAAGUACUUUUGACGUUAAUCGAUACCCCAGGUUUUUCGGCAGAAUAUCUAGUUGAUAGGCAACUGCAUGAUAUACUAAAAUACAUUGAGCAUCAAUUUGAUCUGACACUAGCAGAGGAAUCAAAAGUAAAACGUAAUCCUCGAGCUGUCGAUACUCAAGUUCAUUGCUGUUUAUAUUUUAUUGACCCAAGGAAGGCCAGUCUGGAUGAAUUUGAUAUUCACAUUCUCAAGAAAUUAGCAAAUCGCGUGAAUGUUAUACCUAUCAUUGGAAAAGCAGAUCAAUUAACCAUAGCGCAAAGGAACAGAUUAAAGCCAGCAAUUUUAAAAGACAUCUACACUACAUUCAAAAUCCCUAUUUACGGUAUGCCUGAAGAUGAAGAUGACAACGAAGAUAUAGAUGACGAAAAGACUGAGGAUGUUGGCAAUGAACAAAAAGUAGAUAGAAAGAACAGUAAGAAAUCGUCUGCAGCAGAAAAGAAAAGAGAAACAUUAGAGCAAUUUCUAUCAGAAUACGACUACAACAAUGAAGACAAGGAAACCCAAAGCAUACUUGACUAUUUGUAUACAGUGCCUUUUACUUUUAUUGCUUACGAAGAAAAUCCUCAAAACGGACAACCUGUUGAUAUGACUGUACAUAAGAUACAGCUGGGUCGCGAUUUUGGCUGGGGAACAAUUGAUUGUCUUGAUGAUAAAUACAGCGAUUUCAUGAAGUUGAAGCAUAUUUUAUUAUCUUCUCAUAGACGAUUUUUACAGUUAGACACAGUUGAACGACAUUACGAACAAUACAGGACGGAAAGACUGAUGUACAAACGAGCUACUAAGAUGAAUAUGAUGAGUUCAAACAAUAAUAAUACGACCACAAUUUCUCAUAACAAUAAUUUCAAACUAGCUGCAUAG